AUGCUGCCUAAAUCUGAUGAACCUGGCGAAUCUGCUGAAUUACUUGAUGAAUCUGAUGAAAUCAAACAAAUUAAAAAUAUGAUUGAACAAAUUAAUAUAUUUAAGCAGAUAUUUAGGUUCGCGAUCAUAUAUGGAGCGUUCUUUGACAUUUUUCUUAGAAAUAUUCCACAGAUCGUUAUUCAAAUUAAAUGGGUUCCAAUGGAUGGAAAUAAUUUACAAGAAAUUGAAGAGGAAUUAGAUUUAUUUAUGGCAACUUGGAAGAAUGGUAUACGAACAAUUGAAUAUGUAUCUGGAAGUGGAAGUUAUACAAGGUCACGCAACGAAUCAUGCGUCGAUCUUAUAAAAUUAUGCAAUUCUCAAAUAAACACUUCGGAUGUUAUAAAGAAACUUAAUGAAAUGAUAAAUGAAGAAUAUAAAAUAUAUGGAAUAACCAAAGAUGAAAUCGAUCAAUACAUAAUUGUUCUUGAUUAUUAUUGUAAAAAAAGAAAUAUUAACUAUGGAAAAUGUG